UGGGGGUCUCCACUCAGCUUUAAGAGCCCCUGCGAGACCCCGCCACGCUCACUUCACUCAGUCCACGGACCUACCCGCGACAGCACCGGAGCUCAUCGGAUCUGACCAGAGGAUUUAAGGGCGCAAAUAUGAUGUCCUAUCUGAAGCAGCCCCCCUACACUGUCAACGGACUGAGUCUGUCCACGUCCGGAGUGGACCUGCUGCACCCCUCCGUGGGGUACCAAGCGACGCCACGGAAACAGCGCAGGGAGAGAACCACCUUCACCCGGGCUCAGCUCGAUGUUCUGGAGAACCUGUUCGCCAAGACCCGCUACCCGGACAUCUUCAUGAGGGAGGAGGUGGCUCUGAAGAUCAACCUGCCCGAGUCCAGAGUCCAGGUGUGGUUCAAAAACCGGCGAGCCAAACACCGGCAGCAGGCCCAGCAGACGCAGACGGGUACCCAGAGUAAACCAGUGAACCGACCCGUGAAGAAGAAGUGCUCCCCGAUCCGAGACGCGAGCUCGGACAGCGGAGCGAGCGGCCAGUUCACACCGCCCUCCAGCACCACCCUCCCGGCAGUGAGCAGCACCGCAGCGCCGGUGUCCAUCUGGAGUCCGGCCUCCAUCUCCCCCCUCGCAGACCCCAUGUCCACCUCCUCAUCCUCGUGCAUGCAGCGAUCCUACCCCAUGACCUACACGCAAGCUUCCGGGUACAACCAGGGCUACUCUGGGUCCUCCUCUUACUUCACCGGGAUGGAUUGCGGUUCCUACUUGUCCCCAAUGCACCACCAGCUCUCGGCUGCGGGUUCCACCAUGGGUUCCAUGGGCGGCAACGGCGUGAGCAGCCACCUGAGUCCGGCCUCCUCGCUCUCCUCGUCGGCGUACGGCGCAGCGGGCCUCGGCUUCACCGGAGCUCCGGACUGUCUGGACUAUAAGGAGCAGAGUGCAUCAUGGAAGCUCAAUUUCAACGCGGAUUGUUUGGAUUACAAAGACCAGUCAGCGUGGAAGUUCCAAGUGUUGUGACAUUUUUAAGGACACAUGAAAGGUUUUUUUUUCGUCCUUUGGUUGGGUUAACUUAUUGAACAUUCUCCCCAACUUUGAUCAAGGACACGGAACAAAUCGACCAAAAGGGAUCAAAAGACUUUCAAGGAGGAGUUUUCUCCUCUUUUUUUACUUCUCUGUUGGCUUUGAUCCACGAAUGUGUGUGACCUCUGACAUGAUCCUGGAUGCACUACUACUUAAUUUAUGACAAAUAUGUUUAAAGGUUAGUUUUAAGAGACAAUCACGUGUUCACCUGUGUUUUAUUGAAGGCCCCUUUACCCCGUUAGAAAAAGCAAUAAUUGUGAUUAUUUGUAUUUACUGUAUUAAAUUUUUUUUUUGCUUCAACGAGACAUGAUUUUGAUUUUUUUCCUGGUUUCCCGCAACACAAGCCCAAAACGGAAU